AUGGCUCCGGCGGGCUGCUUUUUCGGCCUCUUCUGCGCAAGCACUAGCACAGUCACAUCAACCUCUACGACUGCAACUUCAACUUCAUCCGUCAUCCCUUACUCGACGAGUUCGAUUAUUCUUUCAUCAUCAUCAUCAUCACCAUCAAAAUCAUCUGCGGUGGUCUCAUCAUCUACUGCCCCCGCAGCAGCAAGUUCCACGCUCAAAUCAUCGAAGGCUGGUGUUUACUCAAACUGCUACUACAAUGUUGAUGGAGUGGGAGAGUUCAACACCAGAUGGGUUGCAGAUUGGACAACUGGAGCCACUCAAGAUCUGACUGGCAUCGUGUCCUCUGCUUAUACUGUCGGAACUGCUAGCAUAUCCACUACCACAACAAGCAGCAAAGUCAAGAGAGGUCUGGACAACUUCUUCUCUCUGUUUUCCAAUUCUCUCUUCUUCAGGAUUGUGCCCUCCUCAAUGGGAAAGUCGGUGGUAUCACAAGCAAGUAAUGCUAUGAGCGCGGCCGCAGCGAUCGUCUCCGGAACUGGCGCAGCAGUGUCGUCCGUACAAGCGACAGUUAGUUCUAGCACCCAGCUCUACACCUCCUACAACGAUAUAUUGUACGGCAGUGUCAGAGCUGUAGUUUUGUUGAGUAACGCUACUGGCUUCACAUCGUACAGAAGCGACACCAUGGAGAUCGACCUCAACUGGUUGGACUAUCACUCUAGCUACGAUACCUCUGUAGUCCCUGAUGCAUCUACAGCAUGGCACGAGUAUCGCGUCGACUGGCUCCCGGGGGCCACCAGCUAUUACAUUGACGGUCAGCUUGUUGAUAGUACAGCUAGUGAGGCGAGCCCUGGUCUUUGGCUGUGGAAUGCUUGGUCAGAUGGCAAUGACGACUCUGUCUUUCAGAUACGCAGUAUCGAUGCUUACUUCAAUCGAACAUCAGUCAACACAGAUAUCGCUAGUGGGAAUGCUAUCUGCAAGGAAGUCAGUGUUGCUACUGGUGCUGCGUCUGCUGUCGGUGCUGCCACCAGUGCUGUUGGAGCCGUGACGGGUACAAGUCCUGCUGUUCUGGGUGGUCUUGUCAGCUCAAGCUCGAGUUCAUCAAUCAUCCCAACGCCCACUCCUACAACCCUUACUACCUCCACUCAGGCUCCUUCACUUUCUGCUCAGGCCACUGUCUCUUUCACGACCAUCAACUCAGCUUGGACAGGCAAGACUACAUCAACAACAACUCAACUCAAUGGCUUAUCUGCUACCGUCAUCAUCCUCACUCCUGGCGUGGUCCAAACCACUGCUGCUCCUACGUCCAGCUCAGGCGGAUACGUCUACAUGACUUCGACCACUGAUUCGGGAACCUUUACUGCGGUUCAGACCAAGACUUUCCUUCCUACCAUAGGCACAGUAGCCACUGUCCAAAUCGUCUAUCCUACGCCCGUCACCACUUGUGGUAAUGUCGGAAUUGCCUACGCCGGCUACACAAAUUCCUUCGCUGGCGGCCAAGCCACCUCGGGCUAUCCUAAAUUCAACCCCACCGUCUACAAAUCCGCCAAACCCUCGCAAACCGGCGUGACAAACUACAUUGCCGAAGUCAACAGCGGCAGCAACAAUGUGGCAUACUACGGCCAACAAACCUCUACCCAAAACUGGGUCAUCGAUCACACUUUUUACGUGUUUGCUCGUCAAGAUGGAUACUACAGUUUCAACAUUCCUUACACGGAUGAUAUCCAAAUGGUGUGGUAUGGCGACAAGGCAGUAUCCGGGUGGACCAGAGGCAAUGCCGAUAUUGUUCAAUUCUGGAGCAGCCAGAUUGCCACGCAGACGCCUCAGACCAUUGCCGUCUACCUUACCACUGGAAGCUAUCUACCCAUCAGAGUCAUGUUCGCAAACGGAGGAGGUGCUGGAGAGCUGGACUUCAAUAUCUAUGCUCCAGAUGGCAGUGUUGUAUUAGCAUCCAACAGAGGGUUGGGUACGGGAACCUCGUCGAUCGAUAUUGUACAGUUUCCUUGCAACAGUGCUUUGGGAGCCAGAUUCCCUGCUUGGGGCUCGGAGACUUGA